AUGCACAUGGACGCGGUAAAGGCGCACAUUGGUGGAAUUUCAGGCACGACAGGUGGCGUAACAAAGACAUCUGACCACGACCAGAGCAUGCAACGCGUCUUCUAUGACUUGAAAGGUUUUUCAUGCACUCGUGCAAAGUUGCCUACGAGUUCUUUAGAUAUCGCCGACUCCAUCUAUCAGGGAAUCGCGAUGCGAAACGCCGAGUUGCUGCCUCUGACUGGUGUGAAUGCCCGUAAGCGCAGCUGGAGCGCAGCUGACGUCUGUGCGGCGUACCGUGAGUACUUUCUUCUGUUUGACCCGACUGAUGCUCAGGAAGAAACGGUCGCGGCCGCCAUUGCAUUCAUCAUGCAAGGGACGAUCAAGAUGUUGCCCACUCGAUACACUGGACAGUCGUCAGUGCUGUGGUCUGCGCAGCAGCUGUUGUGUGAUGUGGCGUUAUCACUGCUGCCGAAGGAGAUCGAGCCGGAUGUGGUGACGGGUAUCCCAAAGGAGAAAGUGCUAACAUGCGCCUUGGAGUACAUUGUUGGGCAGUGUGGUUUGUUACUAGACACUAAGAGCUUGCGACGGGCGGACAAAAGGGUGUUGCAUGAGACGUUAGGCGUGACGCUGAAUGCUGUGAUAAGAUUCGCGAACGUGAGGAAGGUCGUGGAAAAGGCGAGAAUCCUGCUGAUGCAUGUGGAGAAAGGGGAACCAUUGCUGGAGAGAUCAUGA